GGCGGGCCCAAGACCCGACCAAAACCAGGCUCCGCCUUCUGAACGCCAGACUCACUCAGAAGCUGAAAGCCUACCUAGGAGAGAGGUCUGUUGGUUCAGUGCACAGCACCAUGCCUAUGACGCUGGGAUAUUGGGACAUCCGCGGGCUGGCUCACGCCAUCCGUCUGCUCCUGGAAUACACAGACUCAAGCUAUGAGGAGAAGCGAUACACGAUGGGGAACGCUCCUGACUAUGACAGAAGCCAGUGGCUAAAUGAGAAGUUCAAGCUGGGACUGGACUUUCCCAAUCUGCCCUACUUGAUUGAUGGAGCUCACAAGAUCACCCAGAGCAAUGCCAUCCUGCGCUACAUUGCCCGCAAGCACAACCUGUGUGGGGAAACAGAAGAGGAGAAGAUUCGUGUGGACAUUUUGGAGAACCAGGCUAUGGAUACUCGCAUGCAGUUUGCCAUGGUCUGCUACAACCCUGAAUUUGAGAAAAAGAAGCCUGAGUAUUUGGAAAUCCUGCCUGAGAAGAUGAAGCUGUUCUCACAGUUCCUGGGGAAGCGGCCAUGGUUCGCAGGGGACAAGAUCACCUUUGUGGAUUUCCUCGCUUAUGAUAUUCUUGACCAGCACCGUCUGUUUGAACCCAAGUGCCUCGACGCAUUCCCAAACCUGAAGGACUUCAUGUCCCGCUUUGAGGGCCUGAAGAAGAUUUCUGCCUACAUGAAGUCCAGCCGCUUCCUCCCAACACCUAUGUUUUCAAAGAUGGCCACGUGGGGCAACAAAUAGGACCCUGUGAUGCCAGGACCAGGGGAAGGGAUCCAUGGCUGUCCUGCUGGCCCUGGACCUGGCACUACUAGUGUGCUGCCUCGAGGCACCAGUCAUCUCCUUUUCUCCUUCUUUCCACUCCACUCCCUUCUCCUUUGCAAGACCUCAUUGACUCCCUUUCUUCUUCCAAGUCUUUCUCCAAUCAGACCUCUGCAAGCUUCCGUUCCCUUGUUCAGCAAAGUUCCCUCCUUCACUUCCACCUCCCUGCCCUGAGUCCAACCAGAUAGUCCUCAGUGUCACAGGAAAGCAGGGAGCUGAAACUCCAAGCCUCGGUUCUUGUGUAUUCUGACCAAAGAAAAUUUAAAGUCAGACACCAAAACCCAUGCAAGAGAACUUUAUUAUAAGUGACAGUAGAGUGGAAGUGAGGUGAAAAUAAAGUAUAAGCAAUGUAGGCUCAAGCAGAGAACCCUCUCCAGAGAGAGAGUGGGCCAUCUCUGAGCAGAGAACAACGAAGGAAACCAAAUUUAUUACUGUUUGAUGUUUACCAGGAGAAUGGGAGCCCACUUCUGCACUCCUUGCCAAUCAGUUCAACUCCUCCUUCAUGUUUGGUGGUGGAGUUUUUGAAUUGUCACAGUGGCCAUCCUAUAUAGGGGGCCUUCAUCUACAAGUCAAUCUCUUGUUAAUGUGGGGAUUGGAGUCUGUAGUCGGUCAGAAGUUACCUUAGUCCUCCUGUGCUACUAAAGGAAUCUUCUUUCCCAGACAAAUGGAGGCACCUGUAGCCAUAAUUCCUAGCUUCACACUAGCCUCAAUGGACCCUGUCAAGAGUUAGUUCCAUUAAUCCUUUUUUUAAAACCUAUUUUCCCAUUAACUUCUUUGCUUCUGUUUAUUUUCUACAAAUGAACUACCACCCUUUGCUUUCUCAGCCGCUUUGAAAGUAGUUUAAAGAAGACCCUAAAGUAAUUUAAAGAAGACUUGGGAACUUGCUAUGCAGUUCACUGCUCAUUGGUGGCUACUACCUAACCCUCAGCUCUGCUUGGAGGAGCAUGACUGACCCCAAGCUCCCUGCAUUGCCCAAAACCCCAGUGUUACUGGUGUGCUGGCUCUGGUCCCCAGUGUGGCAGCUACCCAGCCCUUUCUGACCCUAGUAAAGCCUGGACCCACUUGC